GAUAUACUGUAACUUCCUUGUGAACCAAAACAAGAGCAGCGUGUUGAGGUGAAGGUCUGGUGGUGAGUUAUAGUUCAUCAAUUCAUCAAUCACUCUCACACUUGGGAGUUGUGAGGCGGUGAACAGUACACCAUGGGCGGCCCACAGAGGAGGAAGAGGCAUCACAGGGGCGACACUCACCUGAAGAAGAGGUGGAGGACUAAACGUCGAACUAAAGACAUGGACCAGAUUGAUGAUGACCUUCAAGAUGAUAAUGCAGCCAAGUUACUACACCAGGAGAUAGAUGAUGAUAAGCCAGGGUCAGGACAGCACUACUGUCUUCACUGUGCGCGUUACUUCGUUAAUUCAGAAGCUCUCAAAGGUCACUUUAGAACUAAAGUUCACAAGAGACGACUAAAAGCCUUAGAGAUGGAACCUUACACUAUUGAGGAGUCAGAGAGAGCUGGGGGCCACGGUUCGUACAUUCCUCCCAAGAAACGCAAGAUGGAAACACAGCCCCUUGAUGACGGAACCUUCGACCCAAGUACUGAAGAUGUUGAUAUGAAAUGACUUGAAUUUUAGUAUAAGUUUUGAUAAUGUACUAAUGUUACACUAUAUAGCAUCUAAAAUAUUAAACUUAA